AUGGUCCGCCUUGCUUCGUCUUUUCUGCUGGCCUCGCUGGCUGCCACGGCUUUUGCGGCCUCCGACCCGCCCAAGUGCAGCUCCGAUUCGCAUUGUCCCGAGGAAUAUCCUUGCUGCUCCCAAUAUGGCGAGUGCGGUACGGGCGCCUACUGUCUCGGAGGAUGCGAUCCGCUGACCUCCUACUCCCUCGACUCCUGCGUCCCUCAGCCCGUGUGCAAAAGCACCACCUACAAGUGGGACAACCUGGACUCGGCCGCCCUAAACACCAAGUACCUGGGUAAUGCGUCGGAGAGCGACUGGGUCUACAGCGGUUUCCCCAAGGUCAAGGACGGCAACCUGAUGCUCACCAUGCCCAAGGAGAGUGUCGGCAGUCUGUUCGCCAACAACCACUACAUCUGGUACGGCAAGAUCUCCGGCAAGAUCAAGAGUAGCCGUGGGGCCGGUGUUGUGACCGCUUUCAUCCUGCUCUCCGACACCAAGGAUGAGAUCGAUUUCGAAUUCGUCGGCAGCGACCUGAACAAGGUCCAGACCAACUACUACUUCCAGGGAAUUCUGGACUAUAACCAGGGCACCAAGGAAACGGUGGAUUCGAGCACUUUCGACGACUGGCACGAGUACGAGAUCGACUGGAAGCCCGAGGCCAUCACCUGGUCUGUCGACGGCAAGGUGAAGCGCACUCUGACGCGUGAAUCGACCUGGAACGAGACCGGCAACCGCUACGAGUUCCCCCAGACCCCCUCGAGAAUGCAACUGUCUCUGUGGCCCGCCGGCCAGGCGAGCAACGCCGAGGGAACCAUCGAGUGGGCCGGUGGUGAGAUCGACUGGGACAGCGAGGACAUCAAGGACAAGGGCUACUACUAUGCCCAGUACAACGACAUCACCGUGGAAUGCUACGACCCUCCCAAGGACACCGACAAGAGCGGCAACAAGUCCUACGUUCUGACGAACAAGGACGGUCUCGACAGUUCGAUCAAGAUCACCAACAACGACACCGUGCUCGCUUCCUUCGGCGCUACCGGACUCGACCCGGAUGUCAAGCCCAGCAAGUCUGGAUCGUCCACCAGCAGCUCGGCUACCGGCAACACGGUCCCUGAGAACCGGGGUGGCUCCGGAAACGAGCCGGGCAACUCGAACAGCACGUCCACUGACAGCGGCAGCGACAGCAGCAGCAGCGGUAGCUCCGACAGCUCGAGCGGCUCUGGAUUCAGCCAGGGUGGUGAUGACGACAGCAGCAGCGACUCGAACGGCGCAUUCUCGCCGAACGAGCGUGUUCUGCGCAGCUCGUUGUUUGCUGUUCUGGUGGCCGUUGUGGUGCUGGUUACUCUGUGA